ACAUGUUUCCCGUACUUGGGUUGAGUUUGUUGACCGACUACGCAUUGGUCUAUUUCCUUCGAAUUUUGUUUCAGUUUGUUGAAAGACUAAGUUUGGUUCAUUUGCUUCAGUAUUGUUUUGGUUCAUUUGCUUCAGUAUUUGAGUUGACAUUAUUUAUGAUAUUGUAUGCUCUAUUUGGAUAUUCUAUGAUCUGCUGGUUUAUUUGUUUAUGUUGAGUUUGUUCAUAUUAGUGUUGCUAAAAUUUAUGCAGUUUUUCUUUUUUGAUCUUGGAUAUUAAUUGUGUUGUAUAUUUGAAAACUAUUCAAACUAUUAAAAAAGAACAUUCGGAAACUUGAAUAAAUUAUCUUAACGUCUGUAUAGUAUACUUUUUUUUUUGGCAUUUAUGUCAUUUCUAAUUUUAAUACUUUGUAGUAGAAAAUGAAAUAUAUUUCUUCCGUAUUAUUUAUGAUAUAUUUAGCACAAAAUAUAUUUCCUCAGUAUUGUUUAUGAUAUAUUUAUUCGGUAUUUUUUAUGAUAUAUUCCAUAUUGUUUAUGAUAUAUUUCUUCUGUAUUUUUUUUGACAUUUAUGUCAUUUCUAAUUUUAAUACUUUAUAGUAGAAAACGAAAUAUAUUUCUUCAGUAUUUGAGUUGACAUUAUUUAUGAUAUCGUAUGCUCUAUUUGGAUAUUCUAUGGUCUGCUGGUUCAUUUGUUUAUGUUGAGUUUGUUCAUAUUAGUGUUUCUAAAAUUUAUGCAGUUUUCUUUUUUUGAUCUUGGGUAGUAAUUGUGUUUUAUAUUUUGAAAACUAUUCAAACUAUUAAAAAAGAACAUUCGGAAACUUGAAUAAAUUAUCUUAACUUCUGUACAGUAUACUUUUUUUUUAUAAACAUAAUUCUUAUUUGUAUGUAAUAUAAUCAAGUUAGUAAUUUAUAAUACUAUCGGGAUAUGGUCAACAACAGAAGACCAUAAUAAAGUUAGUAAUUUAUGAAUCUGAAACCUAUAAACAAUUAAUUUGUAGUAAGUUAUGGACGUUUUUGUUUUUUGAGAGGUUUCAUGAAAAAUAAACCCCUUUAAAGUUUGACCAAGACAUUAUAAAUAAGUUAUCAACAUAAUUGUCAUCAUAUACAAUCUCAUAUCCGGUUCCAGCAAACAGUCAUACGAGUUACUAAAGAUGAGUCAUCCACCACCGUAUACCUUGGUUCUAAGCGACAAGAAGAAACCAGCUUGCUCAUCUCCCAAACGAACUCUCACCAUUAAGAUCAAGAGGCCCAACACCCAGCAAACAACAAUCAGAAUAUCAAUAGCACUGAGGACAUCAAGUAAUGGCCACCUAGACGACGGUACAAUCAGCGAUAUGGAGUAUAUGCUUCAGUAUCAUGAAAUCAACUUUGACUCGGUGAUAUAAAUUAUAGAUGAGACUACUAACUAUGUCGCUGGAGUUAUUCCAACACUCGACGAUGUCACAGGUACAGAUCUAGAUGUAAUUGUUAAGAUUACUGACUUCAACCCACAAGCUUGGAGUAGAAUUGGUCUCGACGUCUAUACAAUCGACCUGCGAAACAACAUAAGAGAUUCCAUCCCCAGCGAAGAGAAUGACAUCUGCGCAAUUUGCCACAACGAGCUUGGUGCAAGUGGAGAUUUGAACACCUUGGUAUGCAACCAUUCGUAUCAUCACGAGUUCAUCUUAUGCAUGAUCAAGAUGAACUUAACCUGCCCAGUAUGCAGAACAACGCUUGCUUAGCAUUUAAGAAAUCCUCUAUCCCAUCUUAUGCAGAUUUCAACUUUACUUUUAUAAAAAAUAAUAAUAAUAAGUUCUCUCCAUAUGGAACUAAUAUUCCGUUUUACCUAAUAUUUUUAUGCUUAUUAUAUUAUUAAAAUUAUAUUAAGAAUGCCAUUUUGAGUAAAACUCUUUGUUUCCCUUUAUUUAUAACUUUGCAUCUAUAUUAUUAUUUUUUAUAUCAUGAAAGUGGUAUUUAGCAUUUCUAUGGUAUCAAUUUAAUUAGCAAUGUGAUUCCAUAAAUAAUAUUUUCGAUCCUUCCGCGUAGGGUCCCAAUAUUUAUGAAAAACUAUUUUCCCCAAGACAAGACUUUUUUAUUUUGAUUGGAUAGGAAAAAGACAUCUGCAUUAGAGCAUCUAUAAGCACAUUAUAAAUUAUUAUUUUGUGAUAUAGUAAAAAUAUGUUUAUUCUAUAUAUAGGAAAAUUUAAUUGUUUUUAUUCUUUAAUAUAAUUUUCACUCUAAAAUAUAGUACGAUUGGAGUAGUAUCCAUUUUAUUUAUAAUAACUCUGUUAUGAUAACAAAAUAAAUAGAGUGAAUCGUUAAAUAUGGUAUUAGUGAACAUAUUAUAAAAUAUCUAAAUGCUAAUAAAAAAAUCAAAGAAUCACACAAAUAAAAAAGCCAAUCCAUUGGAAUAUUUUUACUAUAUUGAUAACACUCAUUUAAUAUUUUUCAAAUGCUUAACCAGUCCAAGAUAUCAAAAAUAGAACCAUAGUUAAGUAUUUAAUUGAGGAGAGACCAAAAAAAAAACUACUUAUACCAUUGAUUGACAUAUCCAACGGUUGAGGUUAAUAGUUGAGACUACGUAAUCUCACCAUCAGCUCUCAUAGGUCGAAAUUUUUGGAAGUAGCCUAAAAUUUUUACUAGCCUUAAUUUUCUCUCUUUCCUCAAAACACAACAAGUCUCUCUCAUAAGUCGUUACCUAUCUCAAGCCCACGGAAUCUCAAAGCCUCCACCAUGCUAAUCAAAUCUGUCUCCACCCACCACAAUCUAGAUUACAUCGUCAUCUUACACAGCUAGCAACUCUAAUGGAAGCAAAAAAGCAGUCAAAGAGCUCACCCAGCCACAACAACAUUCACAACAAUCAGAGGUCAACACAGCUCAGCCAGCCUCAUCAAUAAGCACCCAAGAAAGCUCAACAUCAGGAGUAACUAAUGUAUACAAGCUGACCACAGCCGAGCGCAAACGCUAUCAAUUGGUACGCAUUGAGGAUCGGCCAGAAGACAUCGACCCAGAUUACCUGCAUUAUAUGAGGGCAAUAGGGGCGUUCGACUCAGUUCAACCACAGCCAGCUCGAGGAAAGAGUCGUGGUCGUAAGGGUCGACGCUAAAACAUCUAUCUAAUAUUCCUAAUGCUGUGAUGUUUGUAUUACAAGCUUCACAAAUGUGUUAUUUGCUUUAUAUGCUAUAUUUGCUUCGUAUGUUUUAUUUUGAUUAUCAAUGUUCUGUUUGCUUCAUAACAAUAUUGUUCUUUUCCUAUGUAUGAGAUUUGUGUGUCCCUCUAAUGCAAAUUAAAACUCUAAUUUUAUAUUUCAUAAAAAUCUCUAAUUUUUGCAAUUUGGAAUCACAAAUCAAACAAUUUUUCAGCAAAUCAACCAACAAAUUUUUGAUUAUCCAAUAUGCUGCAUAUAUAAAAGUAUAAAACAAUUUAUGUGUUAAUGAUAAUGCAGGGAGACCAUUAUAAUUCUCAGAUCAAAUACGAACCAAUAAAACCAAUAUAUACCAAGUUCGAAGACCAGCAUCUAUAUUAAUAUUUCAUGCAGUAUCAUACUAAUAUGAAUUCACUAUUAUAAACAAUACGAUAAAAAAAAAAUAGACCCAUGAACACGACUUUGCUUAUACUAACACAUGCAUAUAUGUAUAAUAACAAAUGUAAUCUUCUAAGAUUGGCAUCCAAAUAAGAAAUAUAUUCGUAAUAUGUCGUUUUGGGCAACUUGCUCCAAUUGAGCAUAUGAAUAACCCUUGCUUGCUAGCCAAUAGAUGCACACGUUUUCUUUACGAAGAAUGUCUCCGCAGUCUCUCUCAACCACAGCGCCACCCUUCAGUUACAACCUUCACAGAAGCAAGUUUGUGUUGAAUUAAUAUUUGUGCUCAAGCUAUAAGUUUGCUUCUGUUGUUAGUGCUUUGUUCGGAGCAUAACGUUUUCACGAUGUAGAAAACCGUUAGGAGUUAGCUUUUGGCCCAGAAUUCUUAUAGUUCAUAUAAAUUUCACACUAUAUGCUCUCUUUGCAUCCGAUUUAUUGUAGUGUUAUUAUUUCUCAUCAGAAGGCAUUGCUAUUAAACAUCAAAGAACCUAACUUUAUUAGCUAAAAUCAAUUGUGGUGAACUAUUAAUCUAAUGUAUUUGCUCAUAUUUUACCAGAGAACAGUUUUUGACAAUGUCACCAAAAUUGGUUCGUAUAUUUCGUAUGUGGCGUAUUUUUAAUCACAAAAGGAAUAACCAGUAUCUUGGGACAUCUUUCCUUUGUAUUGACAUCAAGGUAUGUGAUACUUUUACUAUUUCCAUUAUAAAUAAACCACUAAACAAAUGUUUAUAUAUUUUAUGAUAUGAAAAUAGGGAAACACUUAUGAAUGGAAGCUAGAUAAAACACUUCCAGAGGCAACAACUCAGAUCGUGCAAGAGGGCGAGAUAUACCAAAUUCAAUAUUUGUCCCUCCUACCAAACACCCAACGAUACAAUCUCACCACUCAACAAUACAUUAUCCUCAUCAUCAGGUCAACAUCGAUAGAAAUAAUGGAAGAGAAAAUCCCGAUGAUGCCUCACAACACAUUCCUUACUCUCCGAUACAGGCUAUUGAUCAACAUCGCCACUGCUUCCAAUUACUUACCAGGUAAGCAACUACAUAUUUUAAAACAUGUCUUUACAAAAUAUAAUUUUCCAGCCAGUAAAAAUAUUAUGCCAGAUGUGGUUGGGCAAGUAAAAUUGAUUCAAGGAACCGAUCUCCAGAAUCCGAGGGUAGCGUCAAAGGUUGUAGUUGGUCUACUGCUGAACAGUUACCGAGCAUCUACCUCCUUUUAUACAAAUCAUGUUAACUCCACUCCUUUGUUUCCAAUUUUGGUUCAGCGCCACUUCAUAUAUACUUGCAUGUUUCAUGCAGUUCCAGAAUAGUCCGCUUGGUAAUAACGGACAAUGCUUCUGCUUUGUUUAGAGACAUGCAUAUCAAGUCAGUAAUGAGAUACAAAGUUCUACUCAUCACAAGCGUCAAUGCCAGAGUGAUAAAAGGGAAAUUGACUCUCGCCACAACCACUGCUACUCGCUUUUACUGUGAUAGCUCCAUCGAUCCCAUCCAGCACUUCAUCCGGAAAUAUGAAGUUGACAAUCACUCUUGAAGUGGUCAUAUAGGCUUUCAUCUGAAGUCUAAAACAAUUAUUCAUUUUCCCUGGCUUUCAACAAUAUUCCUCUUUCUAAUAGCAAGAUUAGUGUGUUUGCUACCUCGCUUGGUUAAGUAGCAACCAAUUCCAAAAUUAUGCAAAUUUUCAUUGAUUGAUAUAGGUACAUAAGGCAGAUUCACCAAGAAAUCUAAAAGGUAGUUACAUCAACUAAUAUUGAAGAUAUAGUCAUUAUAAAAUAUGGAAAUUAGAUGAAUUAUUUGACCAAAAAUAAAUUAUUAUAAAAUAUAUGUUUUCUUAAAAAUAUCUAAGAUAUUAAAAACUAUAACACUAAACGAUUAAGUAUCUUAACUCUUUCUUUAGGCCAAACAGAGGUAUUUGCCGAAAACAAAAAUUAUGUUAAUAUGAGGAUUCGAACCCUAGACAGAGAUCAUAUAUAUACGAAGGCUCCUCUUCCACUGGACUAAAGACACACUUUGCAAAAUAUGGCAAACAUAUUAAAAAUAAUAAUCAUCCGGAAGACCCGGUAAUUUGACAAUCACGUCAGUUCAGAAAUACUUAAUUGUUUCUUCUUCCUUUUAGCGAGGGAAAACAGACUCCUCCUCUUCCAUCUCUCACCCGCUUCCAAUCGAUUCUCACCGCCAUGGCUGACCAAAUUUCUUCUGCUCGAACUAGGAUUCAGAGGUUUAGCGAGAUUGAUAACGCAAAUGGAGAAUGCUAUCACUUUCGAUCGCGAGUCCCGUUCAAGUCGUUUGAUGAAUGUUUACAAGAAAAUCGAUCGAUAUUCUCCGGGACCGUUCCGCCUAUCGAAGGUUACUCUCGGCGUCAUCACAGCCACGAAACUGAAAUCGGGUAUCAAUCUCUUUGUCUCCGAGGUUUUGUGGUUCAAGCUUCUUUAGAUCCUAGAAAUCGUCUUUUAGAGGAUGCUUUUAAGGUUAUCGAUAACAUAGGGUGGUGUUACACGGUGUUGCAUGUGAACCCUUUCUGUCCUAGAGUUGUGAGAGAGUUUAUCUCUAACACACCAUUCUAUGAGGAUGGAGCUCUUAUUAGGGGAUAUGUGUACCGUUUCUCUCCCGCGGUAAUCAACCAAUUGAUGAUAACACCGCCCGUCAAACAUUCUUUUCCGUGGAAAGACGUUGUGCUGAAGCAGGCAAUCACACAUCUCACUGGAGGCGAAUGCUCUGGAUGGAAGGGAUUCAAUCUAAAUGCUCUGCUCAACCCCUUCCAAGCCCUGUACCGUGUGUGUGAGCGUAACUGGCUUCCAGGUCCGGACACUGAUCUGAUGAUUAGAAAGCGUCUCCGCCUCCUGUAUGCUGUUGCCAAGCGUAAAGAAAUCGACUUUGGCCAGCUUGUGUACGAACAAGUGAUCAACAUGGCCCGCGUUACAGAUUUGGAUACAAGUCUGAUAUUUCCAAACCUCAUCUAUCAGCUCUUCGUGCUUCAAAGAGAAGUUCCUCUGUUGCCGAGAGACGAAGAAUCUAUAGGAAGAGGUCUGCCCAUCUAUGACUCAGAAAGUGAAGGGAGUGAAGGAAGUGGUCCAAGGGGACGUAGAAGGCUAUGUUAGUGUAAUAGCCAAUUACUUUUUUUGUUAAGUCCAUCGUUCUCUUAUUAAUGUAGCUAACGUAUGACCAUUUUGCUAAGUAACUUGCGUAUGAAACUUAUUCUACAGGUUGUAAACUCAAUGGCAAUAUGUUUUUGGUUUGA